AUCCCGCAUUCCGCAUCCCGCAUACUAACAACCAAUUAACCUAUAACGAAACGAACGACGUCAGACCGGAGAUAUCUAUCCGGAGAAAAAAAGCAGGAUCUCCAUCCAAGUGUCCGUAACGUAAAUCUUGGCAAUUGUUUUGUGUUAUAAAAGAACAAAACCCUCUGAGCACCCGCUCCUGCGGAACUAUGGCGUUUCUCGAAGAUCCUCGACUUCGUCAGCGAUGGAACCAAAUCUCGCACACAACCGAAACCGUUACCGAGAAUGCGGCCGCGGGGAUAUGGAGCUUUGGUCACACAUACGUCACACCAUGUCUUUCAUCCAUCUCCUCGGCGUUGGAGAGCUGCUCGACAGUCUGCCUAGGCGAUCGCGAAGAACGAGCACGACGAGCAAGAGAACGCCAACGAGCCCGAGGCAGGGCCGAAUACAGCUUUGAUUUCUACGAUGAUUGGGACGAAGAGUUAGGAGGCGGUGACGAUCCGGGAGGGCUUCUCGGCAGCUGGCGGGGUGAGGAUUGGGAUCAAUUGCUAGCGGGAACGGGGAAAAAGCGAAGCGGAGGAGAUAUUCAAGAGCAGCCGAGGAGGAAACGUGGAAUGAGCUACGGUACAAAACCACCACGGCGAAGAUCCAGCAUCCACGAAGACCCAACAAUUAUUCCAAGCACUGCGCCCUUGGGAUUUUUGGGACGUUUGCCGUUCAAGAUAGGAGGGACUUUGAGGUAUAAGCCUAGUGCGGCGAAUUUACAAGAACAUCCCGGGGCGUCAAGAUCGGGACUCGACACAGAACGUCUCCCACUGUUAGGUGGAAACGACAACGGGUCACAGCCUAACGAAUCACAUUCUCACAGUAGGAAGCGAAGUGGAACGGUAGGCAGUGGAGAUACUAGCGAUUCGUACAGGUCGAGAGGUGAUCUCUUUCCAAGUGACGAAGAAGGGGGAGAAGACGCAAUACCGCUGGACGACGAGUUCACGAUUGCACUUGACCACGUAGACGAUCGCGAAAGUAACAAGACGAGAAGUAGUAAAGGAAAGCGGAUUGCAGACUGCAUAUUACCAAGGAGUGUUUCAAGGACGACUAUAAACUCGACGAGGCCUUCCCUAUAUCCCAGUGUUGGCUCGGGGUCAGUUCCAGAAAGCCCAGCGCUCCUCACGACGCCAUCUCUGGAAGACUUACGACGGGAGGACGAGCGGGCUGAACGAGAAGAAAAUGAAUUAAUUGAGAAAAAGAGACAGGUUGCUGCGGAUUUGGCUCUUAGGAGAGGGCUAAGCCGGGAGAACCUUCAGAUCGAAACCGUGCCCGAGGCGAAAUCCGAAAUAGUGGAAGUAGAACAGGUGCUAGUGCCGCAUGAGGCUGUAUUUGAUAAAGGGCUAGAUUACGAGCAAGACGAAACAGGAUCGGGAUCUGCAGAGGAAAGUCAACAGCCGCAAGCACCAGACUCGUCAGAUGAGGGCUUUGUCCCUGCACGACUACCAUACUUCCGAUAAGAGAUACUACCAUUUAUUAUUGGUCAUUCAUCGACUUAUAACUUCGAUUCACUUCGACUCAACCUAUCACUCCUGACCUAUCUGCAAUACGCCACCGAACUCUUCCAUUGGGUCCUAAGCUGCGACUUGAAACGAAACGAAACGAAACCAAAGCUCAAAAG